CAGUUUGUUAAAGAGAUUAGACGGAACGUGUUGGGGAAGUUAUUAAAAUUUACAAUAAAUUACUAAGAAAAAUUAAAAAAAAAAUCAUCAAAAACAUUGAAAAAAGUUAAAAACAAGCAGAAAAUUUAUUAAAGUACAACAAUAAAAAUGUUAAUUAUCCAUAAAAUAUUAAAAACAAUUAUAAUUCUCUUGGCUGUUGUUAAAUUGGGAGUUACCUCUUUAGUGGGCACUUGUAAUCAAUGUUUUGCCAGCAAUAAUAUUGCCUGUUUGGAUGAAACACAUUUUGCCACUUGCUUCCAGGGCUCACCCACUUCUACUAUAACAAAAUGUCCCGCCAAUCGCUUUUGUACAGACGAUGUCCUUAUAUGUCAUUCUUCAACGGAGGGUUUUUCACCCAUUUGUCAUCAUGAUAAUUGUAAUGAUUGUGAGGCUACUAAUGGGAUUUUUUCUUGUCUAGAUGAGACUACUUAUGGUUAUUGUUUUGGUGCUAAUACUCCUUUAAAGGGUUCCUUACGUUCCUGCCCGAAGGGUUAUGUUUGUAAUUAUAAUUUUCGAGAAGUUUGUGUGCCGGAGGAGACGCAUGAGCCAUCAUGCGCUAUUAAUACACCUUCAACAACUCCAACUACAACAAUUACAACAGAAAUCAGUAUAAUACCCAGCGAGUCCACAACGGAUGAUUCAACAACACUUAUUACAACAGACUCAACAACGGAAAUGACCACAGAAUCAACAACAAAUGACCAAACAACAAGUACAACGGAAAUGACAACAGAUUCCACAACCAUGACCACAACACAAGAAACGGAAUCUACAACAGAAACAACAACUGAACUUAGCACAACGUCCACAACCCCAAAACCCCCCACUACAAUAAAACCACGUGAUCCCAAUACAAUUUGUGGAGAAAUUGGUAAAACGGGUUAUUUUAGAUCCGACGAUCCGACAUGUCGAGAAUAUGUCUACUGUUAUCUUUUAUCGGGACAAUAUUUGGGUUGGGUUUAUUAUUGUGAUGGUUACUUUAAUGCCGCUACCCAAAAGUGUCAAAAGACGAGACCUUUGGAUUGUAUUGCUUAUUAGAGUUGAUCGACUGCAACAAUGGCUGUUGA